GGCAGCAGGGGCAGCAGCAGGACGGAUACUGUGAAGAAAUACUGUCAAUAAAACACGAUUUCCUUUCUGUCAGCAGGCUCCAGAGGAAUACACAGAGUCAAAGCAUGUCGGGAAGGAAAUAUAUUGACAGUCUGCAGUAGCUUCUUAUUUACAGAGGCUGUUUCCUCCACAGUCUGACAGGUGAAAGUAGCAAUGCCUGAAAGACAUGUCUCACAAAGAAGAUAAUAAAGGGAAAGGAAGCUCUCACCACACAGAUCUGUACGCCCGCAUCCCGCUGACAUGUCUGCCCAUCGUGUACCACCCGGACUACAACAUCACCUUCAUGGGCCUCGAGAAGCUGCAUCCGUUUGAUGCAGGGAAGUGGGGGAAAGUCAUUCACUUCUUGAAAGAGGAGCAGUUUCUCACUGAUGAGAACAUGGUGGAGGCGCGAGAAGCUUCUGAAGAAGAUCUGCUGGUGGUUCACACCAAACGCUACCUCAACAAACUGAAGUGGUCUAUGGUGGUGGCAAACAUCACAGAAAUCCCACCUCUCAUCUUCCUGCCUAAUUUCCUGGUUCAGAGGCGAGUGUUGAGGCCUUUGAGGACGCAGACCGGAGGAACCAUAAUGGCCGGAAAACUGGCUAUAGACCGAGGAUGGGCUGUGAACGUGGGAGGAGGUUUUCACCACUGCUCCAGCGACAGAGGGGGGGGCUUCUGUGCCUACGCUGACAUCACUCUGGCCAUCAAGUUUCUGUUUGAGAGAGUGGAAGGCAUCUCCAGGGCGACCAUCAUUGAUCUGGAUGCUCAUCAGGGGAAUGGACACGAGCGUGAUUUCUUGGACGAUAAACGAGUGUUCAUCAUGGAUGUGUACAAUCGCUACAUAUACCCCGAAGACAAUUUUGCCAAAAAAGCCAUAAAGAGGAAGGUGGAGCUGGACUGGGGAACUGAAGACUCUGAGUAUCUUCAGAAGGUGGAGCUCCACACAGAAGGAUCUCUGAACGAGGUCAGACCCGAUAUCAUCGUCUACAACGCGGGGACAGACGUCCUGGAUGGAGACCCUCUGGGAGGACUCUCCAUUUCUCCUCAGGGCAUCGUUAAGAGAGAUGAGAUUGUGUUCAGGGCUGCAAGGCGUCGAGGGAUCCCGAUCCUCAUGGUGACAUCGGGGGGGUACCAGAAGAGAACCGCCCGCAUCAUCGCUGACUCCAUCCUCAACCUGCAUCGGGAGGCCCUGAUUGGUCCAGAGGCUCUGGAGGGGGAGGGGUCAUCGUCUAUGGUGACCAGCAUGAUGAGCAGCUCUGGAUCUACUGGGUCAACAUCCACUGCUGUCUGAGAUGCACUAAUCCUGCCACUAACACUAACAUGUGUUUCCUCUGCAGGUGUAACAUGUGAAGGCACUUUGUAAUUCUUUCUUGUUUUUUCUCAGACAUUUUCUGAAUGUUGACUUUUGUCUCAGACAUUUUCUGAAUUUUGCCUUUUGCCUCAGAAUUAUGACUUUUUUCUGAGAAUUCUGUCUUUUCUUUUCUCAGAAAUGUUCAGAAUUUUUACUUUUUUCCUCAGAAUUUUUACUUUUUUCUCAGAAUUCUGUCUUUUUUUUCAGAAAUGUUCAGAAUUCUGACUUUUUUCUCAGACAUUUUCAGAAUUCUGACUUUUUUCUCAGACAUUUUCAGAAUUCUGACUUUUUUCUCAGAAAUGUCUCACUAAUUCUACCUCUAACACUAACAUGUGUUUCCUCUGCAGGUGUAACAUGUGAAGGCGCUGAAGUAACUUUAUAUUGUGGAGUAAUUAUGGUGUCAGGUUGUUGCUGCACACAGAAAGGGGUUUAAUUUAACUCAAUACCAGAGGGCGUUACCCAGUGCUUGAUUGCACAUUAAAUCGAAUAAGAUUGGCAUUUCUUUUUUACAUUUUUACUCUAUAGGUUGGCCAUGAAUCAAAGGGAAUAAUUCUAGAAAGAGAAUAAUUGUACUGCAACAACAGCACUAUUCUGACUGCAGUAAUUUCAUUAAUAGUCAUUGUAAAGUCGGAGAAUGAAGGGUUUUAUGUUUAAUGUAUGUUCGGGAAGCUUUUAGGAAGAGUCUUCUUUCAUCUCAGGAAAUGGAAUAAUGUCAUAUGUGAAAUAUAUAAAAUGCUAUGGUAUUGUAAACAGGUUUGAGGUUCUUUUAAAUAUGUGGAAAUUAUAUUAAUUAUCCUCUUAAUAGUUGUAGAGGUGAAACACAAGAAGAAAAGCACCUUAAAACUGUAGCUAUCGAACAUAAUCUAAUGAUUUUUUGUAUUAUUAAUUGUAUACGGAAGAGGAUAAAGGCCACGUGUUGAAAAUGUUUGAGAUCUGACCAAAAGUUACAAGAAGAGGAAGAAGACCGGGAUAAAAGUCAGAAUUCUCAACAUUUCGGAGAAAAAGUCAGAAAUCUGAAAAUGUCUGAGAAAAAAGCUAGAAAUUUGAGAAAGAAUUCAAAAUGUCGGAGAAAAAAAGCUAGAAUUUUGAGCAGUAAAAAAUAUUCACGUGGCCCUUAUUCUCAUCCCUAACGGUGUAAACAUGUUUUGAUCUCUAGAUAUUUUUUGUUAUCAUUAAAUAGUUUAUUCUUCAUUAUCCAGUGUUUCAUUCAUCGAGGUUACGAGGUACUUUGUCUACCUAUAAUCUGUGCCGUUCGUGUUUAACAGGGAGUUGCCAAUGAUUUUACUGAAGGUUGUACUGUACCUCAUACAGUACUGUUCUCCUAAUUAAGAAAAUAUGUUAAUGUGGCUGUGAAUGUUUUAAUAAUGAAACUCUGUCUGUGUUCUGGACAUGUUUGAAGCAGUUUGGACACAUUCAUAAUGAAAGUGUGUAAGCAGUGUCAGUGCUAGUGAAGCCUUUGAUCCGAUGUGGUGCUUUUUAAUGUGUCUACCUUUUAAUUAGAACAUCUCACUUUAUUGUAAGCAGUCCUUAAUAUGAGAUCACAGAUUCCAGAUCAGCAGCUCCUUCCUGUCAGACGAUGUUGCCAAAAUUAACACUGUGUUCAAAGCUGUACUGUAUUUUUUUAACUGCGUGUCUGUGGUUUGUGCUGACAUUAAAAACGACUUCUAUGCAUUCACACUGAUAUUAAAAACAUCCGUGACAACUAA